AUGAACCGCCCCUUCGGAGCUGUGGAUGUCUCGGCGAAUCUCAAGGGCGCCGUGCCGAAAACUGCCACUCAGAAGAUUUUAGUAGCCCUUGCUGAGAAGAAAGAGGUGGUGCAGAAGUCAUACGGUAAAACGACUUUCUUCGUAGCGAAUCAGGCCAACCUCGGAGAAUUGCCCGCGGAGAAACUCUCUGCAUUGGAGACCGAGUACAAAGCCAUCGAGGAAGAAAAUACUGCGUUGGCCGCUGAGGUGAAAGUCGCGUCAGCAGAGCUAGCCAAGUUGAAGAGCACGCCGACCGAUGCGGAGCUGGCCACUCUGAUAGACGAAGUCGCUGCAGCCGUACGUAUCCAGUCUUAUCGCCACCUUGAACCACUGCGUUCUGGCACGCCUCUCGUAUCAGCGGCCGAAAUCGCUCAGUUGGACGCCGACUGGGUCAAAUGGCGAAUGGAAUGGGUCCGACGCAGGAAGAUAUUCAAAGACUUCUGGGAUCUCGCCACAGACGCUCUACCUCGGCAGGACGCCACCAAUCUGGCUGAAGACCUCGGGAUCGAGUACGACGCCGACGAGCACGCUGUAUUGGAACGCAACAGUCUAUGCACUUCUCUGGGCGCUAAUGGGAAGGCCAAGAAAUGA